AUGCCCUCUUUUACUAGCAAAGAUAUUCCCGAUCUCAAAGAUCAAGCCAUCAUUGUCACGGGCGGAAACGCGGGCCUAGGACUCGAGACAGUGAAGCAGCUCAGCUUCCACAAUGCUGCUCGUAUCUAUCUCGCAGCCAGGUCGCAAGAGAAGGCCGAGCAGGCCAUCAGAGAGCUCCAGGCUGCUAAGCAGAAAGCCACAAACAUCGUCUUUCUAAAGCUCGACCUCGCAUCCCUCGAGAGCGUCAAAGAUGCCGCAUCCGACUUCCUCCGCCGCGAGACCUGUCUCGAUAUCCUCGUCAACAACGCCGGCAUCAUGAUGACUGCGGAAGGACUUACCAAGGACGGCUACGAAACCCAAUUCGGCACAAACGUCGUAGGCCCCGCGCUGUUCACUCAACUUCUGCUUCCCAUCAUGCGCGAAACCGCCAAUGUCAAUCCCCAGACACGGGUUGUGAUGCUCUCGUCUGCCGCGCAUGUCCGGGCGCCGAGCGACAUCUACAAGUUCGGCGAGUUCAAAACAAAAAUGUCCAACCGCGCCACGACCGAGAGGUACGCCAUAUCGAAGCUGGCCGACCUCCACUACGCCAAGGCCCUGGCCGAGCGGGAGCCGCACGUCAAGAUUGUCCCCGUCCAUCCUGGCACGGUGGCUACUGACCUCCACCAUGCCUCCGAGGGGGUUUUCCUCCGGCCUUUCCUAUAUACUGCCGUCAAGCUGUUCGCCACACCGGUUGAUAAAGGCGCCUUGUCACAGAUCUGGGCGGCUGUCAGUCCAGAUGCGAAGAGUGGGCAGUACUAUGGUCCGGUUGGAAAGGCAGAGUGUGGUUCUAAAGCAAGCCAGAACCACGAUCUUCAGGAGCAGUUGUAUGCAUACAUUCAGAGUGAGCUAGCUGCUUUUGAGUCGCAGCACAGCUGA